AUGGCAUUCGCCUUGUACCGGCCAAGUCUGGUGCACGAAGGCAAAGUCUUGCAGGAUGAUACAUUGUUAGAUUCGAUACAUCAGCGCGGCAACAGCUCGGAUGAUUCUGCCCAGACGAAAGAUGUUUCAAUCGACCUACAGCUCGUCCUGUCAGAAGCUGCAUCCUCAUCUCGGCCUUUGCUUGAAAAGGAUGUUGUUUACGCUUGCGUAUGUGGCACUCCUCAGUUCAUGCAGUCCCUUCUGCGAGCCCGGGCGGACGUGAACUGGCGGCUGAAUGAUUGCGGCACUACAGCUGUCAUGAUGGCCGCUGAACGUGGCAACAAGGAGGUUGUGGAGUGCCUACUGGCAGCUGGUGCCCAGAAGGACUGCCAGGAUUCGGAGGACUAA